ACCUCAGUGACGUCAUCCCAAAGUUAACCUUCAUUUUAAAUUUAUGUCGGUUAUUUAUUUUAUCAUUUAUAAUUUUCGUACCUAUUCAAAAUACACCGAAUGACAACCCUGAUUAAGCUUGGAUUACAAUUCAUUUGAAUGUUUUUCCAAAGAUGAGCGACAAGAAAAAAGAAACUAAUUGUCCAAUUUGCAAUAAAAACUUUCCAUUCAAUGAUAUAGAGCAACAUGCUAAUAGGUGUAUAUUUUUAAACUGUCCCGAUGAAGACGAACAACAUAAAAGGAAAAGAUCUCCCUCACCCAACUUAAAUCAACAAAGCAACCAAAAAACAUCUUUUGGUCAAAAGUCACCAAGAAUUGCAUAUACAGUGGCCUCCAAAUCUACUCAUCAUGAAAACUCUGUUAUUAAUUCCUCCCAAAAUCAACCGAGCCCUAGUGCAAGCUCUAAAAUACUGGAGAAGCCACCAGAUAUGUCCUUUGUUGUUCCUUUGGCGAAAAAAGUUCAACCAAAGACAUUUGAAGAAUUUUUGGGGCAACCCAAAGUCUUAGGGAAGUCCACUGUUCUGCGAUCACUCCUAGAAAAAGGAGAAAUACCAAAUAUGAUUUUGUGGGGCCCACCAGGCUGUGGAAAGACGUCUCUAUCCGGAAUAUUGAGAGAAAUAUGCAGUAAAAAUCCCACCAAAUUGAAAUUCUCAACGGUAUGUGCUGCAGUCUGUGGAGUAAAAGAAGUACAAAAUCUCAUAACCAUUUCUAAAAACGAAUUGAAAUUCGGCCGAAAGACUGUUUUGUUCAUGGAUGAAAUCCAUGCUUUUAAUAAGAAACAACAAGAUACCAUGCUUCUUAGCGUAGAGAAGGGUGAGAUAAUUUUAGUUGGUGCUACAACGGAGAACCCUUCGUUUUCCAUAAAUUCCGCUCUGUUGAGCAGGUGCAGGGUGGUAGUAAUGGAGAAACUGGAUUGUGAUAUACUGUUGUCGAUACUGAAAAGAGCUGCUCUGACUUAUAAAAUUAAAAUAGUUGAUGAUAUCACCACGGCCAGUGAAGAUAGUAAUGCUGAUCCUAAAGCUCUACAGCUAGCAGUGACGACAAUGGAGGGAUGUCAGUUAUUGGGAAUGCCAGAAGCAGACGUAUUGCUGGCUCAGUGCGUAAUAUACCUAGCUAGGGCCCCGAAAUCAAGGGAGGUGGACAAAGCAUUGGGAAGAGCCAAAGCUCUGAUAUUGAAUCACAAAGGGAUUCAACCUGCAGUGCCCAUGCAUAUUAGAAAUGCUCCCACUACUCUGAUGAAGAAAUUAGGUUACGGCAAGCUACAAGACGGUGGAGAUUUCGUUUUCAUGCCGCCUGAAUUGAAAGAUGUAAAUUUUUUUGAUUGAGUAAAAUAUGUUCCUCAUGAUCUGCCCGAUUUGUUUGAGUCUCAGCUCAUCUGUUGAUUAUUUCAUUCAAAUUGUCUAGGUCAAAUUAUUUUUGGGGUCUUCUAUAUAACGAGGACCAGUAGACAUUGAUGAACUAAUAAUGUAAGGCAGAGACAUUUUUUUAAGUAUUGAAAUAUAUUUUUAGACGAG